ACAGGUAUCUUGUUUGUGUUCUAGACCAAAAUGUCAGAUGGACCUUCUGUCUUAAGGGAAGCUGCUGAAAUUUAUCGCGGCGAUUAUGCCGCGCCCAGGAUGUUGGAGCCAGACCUCCAUACACGCCUGGAGCAAAUUAUUCUGCAGCUGACUAUCCCUAUAAGCGAACUCAAGGUUAUAGCUCACAACUUUUACUCGGAGCUGAUGAACGGCCUGAAGGCCCACAAACGUCAUAGAAACUUGUGGCUUCCAAAUGAGUGUUGCUUCAAAAUGUUGGAUUCGUACAUUGCAAACAUUCCUACCGGAAAGGAAUGUGGUUCGUACUAUGCCAUUGACUUUGGAGGCUCGAACUUUAGGGCUGUGAGAAUCAAGAUUAACGGCGAUGGCAAAAUGGAACGUAUUCAAUCCUCCUUCAGUUUGAGGUACUCGUCAGCGCUGGGACCAAAAGGGCUCCUGGAUCAGAAUGCAACCGCAACAGCAUUGUUUGAUCACUUUGCUACGGAGAUUGGAACCGUCAUUAAGCAGUCUGGCGACCCUCUAGCACCUGAGAAGCCUCUCAAGGUCGGAUUCACAUUCUCGUUCCCAUGCACUAUGCUCUCGAGGAAUACAGCAAUUCUAUUGGAUUGGACCAAAGAUUUUGAAACAGGACGUGGGACUGACGAUCAGGUAGAGGGGAAGGAUGUCGGAAAAUUGAUGGACGAGGCCUUCAAGAGGAGUAAUAUCAAUGCAAAUGUUUCCAUCAUCUUGAAUGACACGGUCGGUACUUUGCUGUCAUGCGCUUACCAGAAGCCUGAGGAUUACCCAGAUUGUAGAGUAGGUGUUAUAUUAGGUACUGGGUUCAAUAUUUGUUAUGCCGAGGACGACUAUGCAAGUUUUGGUUAUGUUGGAAAAAUUAUAAACAUCGAAUGUGGUAACUUUGAUAAGGAGUUACCCAUAACUCCGGUCGAUUAUGAGAUAGAUUACUACACCUCAAACUCUGGUCGUGGGCUACUCGAGAAACUUGUUAGCGGUGCGUACCUCGGAGAGAUUAUAAGGAGAUAUAUGAUCUUAUUCCUGAGAGACCAAACCCCGGAAUCAAUGUGGCAUGUAGGUACAUUCACUUCUAUUGAUGGAAGUGAAAUUUUGAAUGAUGCAUCAGAGGAUUAUAAAGUCGCAAAAGAGGUGGCAUUACGCACAUGGGGAGUAGAGUUUCCUUAUGAGGUCCUUGUUGGUCUUCGUAAGAUUUGUGAGUCUGUCUUUGGUAGAUCUGCUGGUCUUGCCGCCGCUGCAAUCGCUGCCACUGCCAGGAAGGCACGUGCCUACGUUACGGCUAAAGCAACUGUUGCUAUUGACGGGUCUUUGUACGUUAAAAAUGAAUGGUAUAGAGAGAAGUUGCAGGAAUACUUGGAGAAAGUCACCAGAUCGGAUCUCCGUGGUAAUGUAGUACUCUUGGCAUCUGAUGAUGGAUCGGGAAAGGGAGCGGCCAUCGCCGCUGCCAUGUUCGAUAAUUAAAAGAUACUAAAUAACGCUUGUAUAUGUAGUUUAAACUUCUUAUAUGUAUG